AUGCCUGGAGAAGUCAUCGAUCGGCCAAAUCCGCAGCCACUGCCGUCGCAUUUGCCAGACUAUGUGGAGAAUCUGCAAAUCAAACUCAAGCAUGAGACUCUAGACCAAAACUCCUGCGAUGCCUUGUUGAAGUUUCGCCGGGCGGCAUGCUAUAUUGCGGCAGCGAUGAUUUUCCUCGAAGAUAACACGCUUCUGAGAAACGAACUUACAUUCGAUGAUAUUAAACCUCGGCUGCUCGGCCACUGGGGAACAUGCCCCGGUCUCAUUAUGGUUUACUCCCAUCUGAACUAUCUCAUCCGGAAGAAAAAUCUCGAUAUGCUCUUUGUUGUUGGUCCGGGACACGGAGCACCCGCAAUUCUAGCAGCAUUGUGGCUGGAGGGGUCACUGGAGAAGUUCUAUCCGGAGUAUUCUCGUGAUAGCGAAGGUCUUCACCGGCUUGUUUCUAGAUUCAGCACGACAGCUGGCCUUCCUAGUCAUAUCAAUGCGGAAACCCCCGGGUCGAUUCACGAAGGUGGAGAGCUAGGCUAUGCGUUGGCCGUUUCCUUCGGCGCAGCCAUGGACAACCCCGAUCUGAUUGUCCCUUGUGUCAUUGGAGAUGGAGAAGCCGAAUCCGGUCCUACUGCUGCCUCGUGGCAUGCAAUCAAAUAUCUCGACCCCAAAGAGUCCGGCGCGGUUCUUCCAAUUCUGCACCUCAACGGUUUCAAAAUCAGCGAGCGCACAAUCUUCGGGUGUAUGGAUAACAAAGAGUUAGUGGCACUUUUUAGCGGAUAUGGAUACCAGGUCCGCUUCGUGGAGGACCUGAACGACAUCGAUACAGACCUUCAUUGUUCUAUGGUAUGGGCUGUGGAGGAAAUCCAAAAGAUUCAGCAGGCCGCUCGUUCUGGGAACCCAAUUCUGAAACCGCGCUGGCCAAUGCUGAUCUUGCGAACACCAAAGGGAUGGUCCGGUCCGAAGGAGCUCAAUGGCCAAUACAUUGAAGGGUCAUUCCAUUCCCAUCAAGUACCCUUGCCCAAGGCCAAGAGUGAUAAGCAGCAAUUGAGUCUUCUGCAGAAAUGGCUCUCGGACUACAAGCCCGAAGAGCUCUUUACAGAAGGCGGCGAUAUAAUCGACGAGAUCAAAUCGGUUAUCCCAGAAGAAAACACGAAGAAGUUGGGUCAGCGCGUCGAAGCCUACAACAGCUAUGUCGCGCCUAAUUUGCCAGACUGGAAGAAGUUCUGUGUGAAGAGAGGCACGGACGAAAGUGCAAUGAAGGCAGUUGGCAAGCUGAUCGAUGCUGUCUUCGUGGAAAAUCCGCACACCGUGCGAUUGUUCUCUCCGGAUGAGCUGGAGAGUAACAAACUUGACGCCGUCUUCGAAAAUACCAACCGCAACUUCCAGUGGGAUGAAUUCGCCAACGCGCGCGGUGGUCGUGUGAUUGAGGUGUUGAGCGAGCACAUGUGUCAGGGUUUCAUGCAGGGAUACACCCUGACUGGCCGAACGGCUAUUUUCCCAUCAUAUGAGAGCUUCCUGGGAAUUAUUCACACUAUGAUGGUGCAGUAUUCCAAGUUCAUGAAGAUGGCCCUCGAGACCAAUUGGCAUGGCCCUGUUAGCAGCAUCAACUACAUCGAAACUAGCACCUGGGCCCGCCAGGAGCACAAUGGCUUCUCCCACCAGAACCCAUCGUUCAUCGGCUCCGUGCUCAAGCUCAAGCCCACCGCCGCUCGUGUCUACCUACCACCAGACGCAAACACUUUCUUGACCACAAUGCACCAUUGUCUGAAGUCGAAGAACUAUAUCAAUCUGAUGGUAGGCUCAAAGCAGCCGACGCCCGUGUAUCUCACUCCAGAAGAAGCCGAGAACCACUGCCGGGCAGGUGCAUCAGUCUGGAAGUUCUGCAGCACGGACGAUGGGUUGAAUCCAGACGUGGUCCUGGUUGGCAUUGGCGUGGAGGUCAUGUACGAAGUGGUUCAAGCUGCAGAGAUCCUGCGAGAGCGAGCACCAUCUCUGCGCGUUCGCGUGGUAAACGUGACAGACUUGAUGAUCCUCGAUAACGAAGGACAACACCCCCACGCUCUGUCCAAUGAAGGGUUUAAUCGUCUCUUCACUGAAGAGAGACCUAUUCACUUCAAUUAUCAUGGCUAUCACACUGAGCUGCAAGGCUUGCUGUUCGGUCGACCGCGCCUGGAUCGUGUUUCGAUUGCCGGGUACAUGGAAGAGGGCAGUACUACCACGCCCUUUGAUAUGAUGAUUGUCAAUCGGGUCUCGCGUUAUCAUGUUGCGCAAGCGGCCAUUGGUGGAGCACAGCGGAAUGAAAAGGUCCGGGCUCACCAGCAAGAAUUGCAUGCCGAGUUCGAGCAGAAGAUUAAAGAGACGAGAAAGUACAUCAUCGAGCAUCAACAAGAUCCUGCUGGGACGUAUGACACCCCAAAUGUUCUCGUGAAUGUUGCCUAG